AAUCUAUUUUUAGAAUGUGACAGUCUCAAACUUCGUGAUUACGUUGACCAUGCUGUCUGAGGAUAACGUCUUAUCUCUUCGAAUUACUCUGUUUUAUCAAGGAAUUUAUCUUCAAGAUCUUAGUAUACGAAAGAGAACAGUUUUAGGGACUAGAAAACAUUUUAAUUUUAUAAGAGACUUAAAAUAAUAAUGCCUAAAGGAGGAAAGAAAAAAGGAGGGAAGAAGGUUGUGGCAUCACUACCUCCCAGUGAUGAAGAGUAUGAUACAGGAGAUAACUGGAGUACUGCUAGUGUCCUGUCGGAAGAUAUCAGCAGUAUAUCUGAAGAUGGAGAGAAUGGAGCUGAUGAUACUACUGUAGUAGAAAAUUUUGAAGAUAAAUUGAAAGACUGCAUUGAAGGAAUAUCACAAAAAAGUGGUAAAGGCAGAAUAUCAUGCAUUGAAACCAUGGCAAAAUUGCUCUCAAAGAAAUAUGUUUAUGAUUUUCUUAGUGACAGGAAAGUGACUGUUUCUGACGGUCUGUUGAGAUGUUUAAAGAAAGGAAACGGCGAUGAGCAAGCAGCCUCAGCUAAAUGUUUAAGUCUACUAUGUGUUCAGUUAGGGAAUGAAAUAGAAGAUGACUUUAAAGAAGUACAUAGUUUGCUUUUGACAAUUCUGGCAGAUAAUACUGCUCCUGUUAAAGCCAGGUCCGAAUGUGCUGCAACCUUGGCUAUGAGCAAUUUUCUGGCUUGUACAGAUAUAUCUGUUGUUGAUAAUACAAUGUUGGCAUUAGAGAACAUAUUUAAAGGAUCUUACAGAAAGGGAGACAAAUCAGUUCCCAGUCACCCACAACAAAUUAGUAGAUUACAUGCCGAUGCCUUGUCAGCCUGGAGUUUGUUGAUAUCCAUAGCACCUACGUUCUCUGUCCAGAAGAAAAUUGAAAUGCAUUUAAGUCGGUUGUCUGACUUAUUAGAAAGUGCUGAUGUGGAGUUGAGGAUAGUAGCAGGAGAGACUAUUGCCUUGUUGUAUGAGCUUGCUAGAGAGGAAGAUGAGGAAUAUGAAGGAGAAGAUAUUUGUACUCUCUGUGCAACCCUGAAGAAUUUAGCUACAGAUUCUCACAAAUACAGAGCAAAGAAAGACAGGAAAAUGCAGCGUUCAAGUUUUAGAGAUGUUCUACGAGCUGUUGAGGAAGGUGAUGAACCAGAUCUAGCUGUAAAAUUUGGUAAAGAAUGUGUAAUGAUAGAUUCAUGGUCGAAGAGGGAGCAAUAUGAUAGUUUAUGUCAGGCACUCACUUCAGGUGUAAAUCAUCAUUUACAGGAGAACCCUGUGAUACGAGAGAUAUUUGGCCUUGGACCUCCUAUUCCUGUUGGAAAUGUACCUCCUCAGAAAGUAUCAAAAUGGGAAAGGACACAUUAUAAUGCUGCAUUGUUUAAAGCCAGGACAAAAGCAAGAUCAAAACACAGAGAUAAAAGAUCUGUUGUGAUGAACGGUGGUGAUUGACGAAGGCAGAACGCUAGUACUCUUAAUGACUGGGAAUUGUGAUGCUGCUUCAUCUAUGUGUGAAUAGUUUCAUUGUUAAUUUAUAGGCCAUAAUAUAAUGGCGUACUUCAUGACAAAGACGUGUGAUGCCUAUUCAUUGUGUGACUGAUUUCAUCAUCCAUAUUUAUAAAGGCAUUUGUUGUACAAUUUAUUUUGUAUGCAGUGUACUUGUAUACAUGUAUAGUGCUGUUAUUUUUCUAUCUAAGAGAAAGGUCAAAUUUUAAACUGUUAAAGUGCUGAAUAAUAUUUUUAAUUUGAGUCUGUAUUGUAAUAUAAUGGAUUUGUUGCAGACUCUGAUUUAAAUAUUUUUUUCUAGUUGAGAACAAAUGUUUUUUUCUAAUAUAUCACAAGCAAAUACUUUGUUUUUUGGAGGAAUAGAAAUUACAAAUGUACUAUUUGAAGUUUUGCAUCACCAAUUCCACGUUUUAAAAUUAAAUCCAAAUUUAAUAAAAAAAAAAUAAUGAUUCUUUUGAGAAUUGCUGGAUAGAACACUUUUACCAAUAUAGUGAUUUUAAUAUUUUUUCUUCAAAAAUUUAAAGGAAACUUGGAACACUCUUAUUGUGUAGCUUUUUUAUGGUAUUUUUGUUGCUGAAUAGCAGUUAUGAGUUAUAUAUUCCUUGAAAAGCUUAUUUGUCAGAACAUUGUUAUUAGCAAGGGUCAAUUCAACUUGUCAACAAUGGUCAUCAAAUGUUUUACUACAAAUGCAUUUUCACCAGAUGGCCAGUCUAUUGUACAUCAUUUACUACUACCAACCUGACAUAGUUUGAAUCACCCUGUAUGUGCUGUAGUGUUGAUCAUAAUCUCAGCUCAGUGUGUACUCAACACUUUAGGCUAAAGUAGAUUUACCUUGUUAAAUUAUAAUAAAUUUGGAUGUUUUGACAAAUAUUUGAAAAGAAUUUUGAAUGGAAAUGGAGACCCUAUUAGACCUGGAUAAAGAGCAGAAAACACCCAAGGCUACCAAAUGGUCAUUAUUAAAAACAAUUUACAGGAAUUAUUUCUUUGGAUAUACAUGUAUAUAACAGUUUGACAAACACUAAUUUUGAUCAUUGUGAAGCAUUAUAGUAUAUAUACCGGUAAUUAAAAUGGUCAGUUGAUUUUUCAAGGGUUAACUUCCUUAGGUGUUCUGAACCCCCCUUAAGUUAACAAGAAUACCUCUAUCAGAGUUUUGUUAAAUGUUUAAACCAUGACCUGUGAUAUGUUUUAGAGGUGUGUACAUUUCGAUUGUUGUUUUAGUUGUAAGAACAUUUAUUCUUGCAUAAUGAAAGGUUAAACAUAUAUUAUUUACAAAUGUCAAAUCAAACCUAUUUAUGUAUGAGAAUUAUUGAAUUAUAUGUGUAUAUAUGUUGCUUUAUUUGUAUAAUCAUUGAUUUUCUUGAAGAAAGUGUAUUUCUUGUAGGAGUUUUAAAAAAGAGAAAAACAUUUUCAAUUUGUAAUUCAUAUUUAAUGCCCAGUUGAUUCUUUACUUUCAGUUUAAAACACAUUUUGUUAUGAAAGUCUCAUUGCUUUGUUUCAAUUUUUAUGCCUUGCAUUCAAUAUUAGAUGGGCAUAACUAUUUCGGGUAAUUCAUACCUCAAUUCAUUUGGUGUUUUUUUCCCCCAUCAUAAAGCGUUUUCUUUCUGGUAGGUUUCAUUUUUGUUUCAAGAAAGUUUGUGGUCAUAUAAAAUUUAAACUACUUUCUGCACAUUUUGAAAUGAUUUUAAAUAUGUAUGACAGAUUGGCUUUUCCCGUUUGAUUUCACAUAGUUUACUGAACAUGGAAAUUAUCAAACAAUUAAGUAUUAUUAUUUAAGGAAUUAGAAAGUGAACUUGCAUUUUAAAAAGAAAUUUGAAUUUUAUUUAACAAAAAAAAAUGAAAUUUUGUUCUGUCUUCUUACUCAGAUUGAUGUAAAUUAAUUUAUCAGUUGGAAGUAAGCACAUACUUCUUGAGUUGAUGGUUGAUUUUGCAGUCAGAUGCAAACAUGUUAAAUAUUUUUAAAGAAUUUGAAUUUUCCAAUAUUUCUUGUGUUCUGUUUAUUUCAUGAAUAUAUAUAGCAUAAUUUACAUACUAAAUUGCAUGAAAGAUUCAAUGACUAGUUAAUUAUCAAUUUGAGAUCUCAAAUGAAUUUAACUAUUUCAAUAAUUUAGAUUUAUGGAUAGAUAGAAUUUUCAGGGCAUUUAUUAUUUAUUUGACAAGCAUUUUUCUGUUUUGUCUAAUGAUUUAGAGAUUUGAAACAAUUUCAAUUUUCUUAUCAGUCAUACAUUUGACUUUAAUAAUUAAUUUCAAUAAUUCUCUCAACUAUGUUGUUGAUAUUGUUAUGUAGAAUUACAUGAGCCAUGCAGUAACUUACUUUAAAAAAAACAUGUUUAAGAAUAUUCAAAAACACCAUUAAUUCAAAACUUUAAAUUAAAACCAUUUGUAGAUUUUGUUAUGAUUUAUUUCAACAUUUUUGCCAGAUUUGAAAAAUGUGCAAUGAUGCAACUAUGACAACCAUUGUUUUAGAUAUAAUUUUCACAAUUGUAUGUUUGAAAAAGAACCUUAUUUUGAAAAACAUGCUUUUCGACAAAAUAAACAUUUCAGCAGAUAA